CAUCGCGAAGGGUUAUUUCUGCAGCUCGAAGACUUUUGGUCUUUUUGUUUGUUUAUAUUGUGUGUGGGGGGGUGUUUUUUUUUUUUUUUUUGGCGUAAACAUCCGAGUACAUACCAAACGGCAAGAUGUCCAGUAAUGUCCCGGCGGAUAUGAUAAAUUUGCGCCUCAUCUUGGUAAGCGGAAAAACAAAAGAGUUCCUGUUUUCUCCUAAUGAUUCUGCUUCUGACAUUGCAAAGCAUGUGUAUGACAACUGGCCAAUGGACUGGGAAGAAGAACAGGUCAGCAGUCCAAAUAUUCUACGACUUAUUUAUCAAGGACGAUUUCUACAUGGAAACGUCACAUUAGGAGCAUUGAAACUUCCUUUCGGCAAAACGACAGUGAUGCAUCUGGUGGCCAGGGAGACGCUGCCAGAGCCAAACUCCCAAGGUCAGAGGAACCGUGAGAAGACGGGCGAGAGCAACUGCUGUGUGAUCCUGUAGCCAUGGGGCCAGAGACCUGGCGGCGCAGCCUGCCUGUGCAUCCCAGAGCUGAACUACUCACGGACUGUCGUCUUUGCUCAAGGAGCUAAAGAGAACCAGGAACAUUCUUCACUAUCAUUUCUUAUUUCUUGUAUUAUUGUGUUGAGCAGUUUUAAAAUAUAUUGGUUUUUGAAAGUAGUCAAUCUCCAGGAAAAAAGUUAACAAGUUCCCUCUCGUAGCAGAAACCACUUUGCUGCCACGAAGGUUUUCAUCACCAGAACUAACAAAUCAGGUGUUCCAAAUACAGUUUGCACUAAAAAAGAUUGACACUAUUUUCCUCACCAGGAGAACUGAUAACAGUCUGUGGUACCUAGAAAUACUCAUACGUACAGUUCCCCACGGGAAGACACCCAGCAGUUACUGAAGUUAAUUAAUGACUGGGCCAACUGGAGAGGGAAAAAUAUGGGAGAGGGAGUCAAAUGCUGGGUGGAUCCAGCGUGCAGACACAGGAUGCUGCCCUGAGUGUGACUUCUCCCUGCAACUAAUGGAAACACAGAAACAAAACGUGCCUGUUGCUAAAGCGCUCGGGAGAGGGCUGACCAAACCAAGCUUUUCCUCAGCACGAGCACUGAGUCCUGCGCUAGCGGAGUGCCUGCUGAGACAGCACAGGAAGGGGGCCUGCACCUCCGAGCCUUAAUGUGGGAGCGGGCUCCAGUCGCCCGGAGGCUUUCGUUCUGUGCGGAAACAGAAAACCUCGUUGACUGAUCAGUUUUGUGUAUUUGAAUAUCAGCAAAUUGAAAUUUUCCUUAAUACUUGCUCAUCUGUAACAGUGUCCCUGUGUCAGGCAUACUCAGUAGAGAGUUCAGGUGAAUUCUUACCAUUCAAAGAUGCAUCUCCAUGAUAACUAGUUCUGUUUCUUUAUGUAGUUGCAUUGGGUAUCAGUGCUUGCAGUUGUAUUAAAAUCAAAAACUGAUUUUUUAAAGGCAUACAUGAUUAAGAAUGCCCUUUUAUUUUAUACCAAUAAUUUAAAGAUUGAUAUGCUAAAAACAAUUUGCACAGCACUAAAGCAUGAGCUAGUUUCAUCCAAACCUGUAAAAAUAUGAAAGAUUUUAUAUUUUUUCACUGGGAAGAAAUUCUUCCUGGAUGAAAUUACAAAUAAUAUGUAGAAUAUAUUUAAUAAAAGACUUAUAAAAUACCUAACUAUAGAACCUAAAUAUAGAUUGGCGUGUAGAAUAUAGAACAAUAAUCCGUAUAAAUAACUUUAGCCUUUUUAAAAAUGAAGUUGCAGGCUGACAUUAUGUUCUGUCCUUCUAAGGAGUGUCCAUGACCCUUGCAAACAUUAAGUGUAAGUGGUUUCAGAUGGUCAGCUUUGUCUAAAUGUAAUCAGGUUAUUUUAUUCAUUGUUAAUGCUUUGAUGCGAGGCUUUAUAUGCAGUAGAUCUACGAAGAUACUGUUCCUACUGAUCAGAAUUAAAUUUGUAUAGAGCAGAGUUUUAAAACGAAUGUAAAUAGCACUAAACAUUUUCUUUCUGCAACCUGUACUUAUAGAUUCUUUAUGUAAACUAAAUAAAAAAUAUUGUAGUGCAUUUUGGUGGUAAUUUUAAAGGUUUUGAUUAGGUUAAUUGUUUAAUGCAGCGUCUCAUCCAUGUUUUCUAGUUUUAUUUCUGAGUCUUUAAAAAUUCAUUAAAUUAAUAUUCUAUUCUUGGUUUUGGGAGUAUUCCCAGUGUGUCUUUGAUAUUUAAUCUAGUUAAUUUGUGUGCAGUCACACAAUGGAUAGAAUUAUGUAGCCUCUGUUUUCACUAAAGUGUUAUAGUCGGGAGAUGUUAAAUAUUUAUAUGCCUUGUUAACCAGCUCAAAUGUGAAUUCUGUUGGUGUUGAAAGAAGAAGAAUCUGGUAGUUACUUAAUUGGGCAGUGAAGCCAUUUAUGGCUCUGUUCUUUUGUAAGACAAACUACUGGUAAUUAUUUUAAUACCUAUUUUAAUUCUAAUUACUCUUCUGUUUUUCCAUAAAGAUUGUCAGUUAAUUAUGAUUUUUUAAUGAUGGUUAAAUAUUCUCUCUUGGUUUUCAAUAUAUUUUUCUGUAUGUUCCCACAUUAUAUAUUUCCCUUUAAUAAGACCUCGAUUUAGAAUUUGCCAAGUGAGAUAAACUGGUUCAUUCAUAGAGAAAGAAUUAUGUCACUUAAUAUCAUAUUGUACAAAAUGGAAAAAAUAAAAAGUAUCAGUAAAAUUAUAUACUGAGAACACCAAAAAUUUAAAUGCCUUAAUAGUGUAUAUGUGAAAAAAAACUCAGCUGUCCCGUUGAAAAUAACUCCUUGGACCGCCUGAUGGAUGAAAUAUGAUUGAUCUUUUCCAAGGCUACUAUUGAAAAUCCUUCUGCCAAAAACAGCAGCUUUGUUCCCUGAAGGCGAGGGCCACAGAGACCCCGCUGGGGACGGAAGCCUGCGUCACGGCUGCGCUAGUGCCCCUCCCCUCGCGCUGCCCUCUCCGCUCCUCCCCACAGGGCUCCUGGGCAGGGAGAGCAGCUUUCCGUCACUCAGACCCCAGCCUGGCUCCUGGUCUGAACUCUGCUUUCUCUCUAAAUAAGUUGUAUCUUACUAAAUGAACCUAACAUCACCAUUCACAUUAAAGGAGGUUUUUUUCCAUAACAAAGCUUUUAUCCUUAGUUUUAUGACGUCAUCGUGACCAAUGUUAAAGUAAUUUCUGUUAGCUGAUUGUGAUAAUGUUUAAUGUGAAAAGAAAUUAAAACUUUCUUCAUCUAUUGUAGAA